ACGAGAUCUCGAGUCAACUGCGACCAAGGACCAACACACUUCCGCCGCGGGAGUGGGAGACUGCCCAAGCCUCUUCCCACCCCAAUUCUCCUUCCUCUUGUCAUCUCCGUCGCACAGGCCAACCUCCUCCCCCGCAGCUGGCAUCGAUCGAAGCAGUCGCACCCCACAGAAAUCUCGAUUCGAAGCCGUACAUACGCAUCGACCGUAUCCCAUCCAGAUCCCGUGCCCCGGAGCCUUCGGAUCUCCUAGCCGGAGCGCCGCGGCCGAUGCGACCAACGCCACUCCCACGCCGCUGGAUUCGACGGCGAAUCGGCUGAAAUACCAUCUUCUCCUUCCCCGCGCCCGAGGUUGGGCCCGAAUUCGAUGGGUUCCCGCAGAUUCACCGGGCUUGUUGUGCUCCUCCUUGCUAUCGCCCUGCUUCCUGACCCUGCGCGGGCUAGGUUUUUACAGGGCGAGAAGCCCAGCUCCAGCGAGGGAUCCCCUGCACCUACCAUCGCUACAGGUGGAUCUGAGAAGAGUGCCACGUCGAAGGAAUCGGGGCAUGCAGCGCAAAAUCCUGAUAAACAGCCCAAGCAAGCGCCGUCGCAGGAGACAACACAAACAACAAAGGAUUCACCGCCGCCACCAUUAGGUGUGCCAGAGGAGGAUGGGAGUAAACCGCAGGUCUCUGUACCGCCGGUACCAUCUACCACUGUGCGGAAGGAGAGUCCCCCUCCAGGAGGUCCUGAACCGAGUGGUCAGAGUGGCCAGGAAGGAGGAAUUCCGGAGAAGCCCACAGAUGAAUCAAAGCAGGUGGUGAAGUGCCAUGAUCCAGUAUACACAUGCUUAGUACCCGGGGAACUGUAUGCUUGCCUUCAGGUGUCUCAGACAGCUUCAGCUGGACAAUUUGUUAUUGUUCAGAAUAGAGGGCAGAAUACCGUGACUGUUAAUGUGAAAGCAACACCAGAUAUAAGUAUUGAGCCGAAGUUGCCACCUCUCCGCAAGGGUGAAUCUAAAAGGAUCAACAUAAGCUAUAUGAAUCCAAAUGGUGGAGAAAUUUCACUGAAUGUGGGGACGAAGCAUUGUGUCUUGCGCACCAGGCAGGCAGUUUCUAAUUGGCAACAACAGUUUCAGCAGCUUGAAGCUUAUGCAACAAGCAUGAAGCCAAUCUAUGGGGCCUAUUUUUUUGUUUUCACAGUUGUCUUGGUUGGGGCUAUAUGUGCUUGUUGCAAGUUUGCAAGGAGAAGGUCCAAUGAUGGAAUCACUUACCAGCAGCUUGAGAUGGGAUCUCAGGCUCCUGACACGUCAGGUGCGAACAACACUACAAGCACAGUAAAUGGGUGGGAAGACGGCUGGGAUGAUGACUGGGAUGAUGAUGAAGCACCUGCGAAAUCUCCAGAAAAAGUACCUGCUGGAAGCGUCUCAGCAAAUGGCCUUUCUUUGAGAUCUCAGACCAAUAGCAAAGAUGGUUGGGAUGUAGAUUGGGAUGACUAAGUUACAACAGAAUGUUGAAGGAAUUGUCCAUUCUCGUGAAAUGAGUGAAGAUAAGCUCGCAUAAUGGCUUGUGACAACGACAACAUGCAAGUUAAUACUAAACAGCCAUGCUUGACAAGGUCACCCUUAUCCUGGAAGACCAUAGGCUUGUUUGUAUUCAUACGGUUUGUACAAUAGUAUUCCACUACUACUUCUCUGAGCUGAUACACAAACUAGCGGUACAAAUUCUAGUUUUUUUGUUGUAAUACCACAGCAUUAGUUAGUAGUUACAUGACUACGCCGUCCAUAUUCUUUUUGAGAGGUAACCAUUCUUUUUCCCAUAAACAAAGCUGAAUAUUAUAACAUUCCUUUUUGAGCUGCACAA